AUGCGCUCGCUGAACGAGACCGCGUGCUCGGCGCUGUGGCGCGACGUGCGCUGGGACGAGCCCUCCAGCGUCGCCAGCCUCGCCGUGCUCGCGCUUAUAGACGUCCUAGUCGUUGCAGGCAACUGUCUCGUGAUAGCGGCGGUGCUGUGCUCCUCUAAGUUGCGCAGCGUUACCAACUUGUUCAUCGUGUCGUUGGCCGUCGCAGACCUGCUCGUGGGCCUCGCCGUGCUGCCGUUCUCCGCUACUAGGGAGGUCUUUAAGAUAUGGAUAUUCGGGGACGUGUGGUGCUCGGUGUGGCUCGCAGUAGACGUGUGGAUGUGUACAGCCUCCAUACUCAACCUGUGCGCCAUCUCCCUGGACCGCUACGUGGCAGUCACGCGGCCAGUCAGCUACCCCUCCAUCAUGAGCAGGCGGCGCGCUAAAGCGCUCAUCGCUGGUCUUUGGGUGCUGUCGUUUGUGAUAUGCUUCCCACCGCUAGUUGGCUGGAAGGAUAAAAAGCCCGCGGGUGCAGAGCUCAAGCAAGACUGGUCUCCCAACCCACCAUGCAAGUGGACCUGCGAGCUGACCAAUGACGCUGGGUACGUGGUGUACUCCGCCAUGGGCUCCUUCUACAUCCCAAUGCUCGUUAUGCUGUUCUUCUACUGGAGGAUAUAUAAGGCAGCGGUCAGAACUACUAAGGCCAUAAACCAGGGAUUCAGAACUACUAAAGGAAAAGGACUCGGUAACCGUUUCGAUGACAACCGACUGACGCUGCGUAUCCACCGCGGCAGGGGGUCUGCCAGGCCGCACGGCUCCCCGCUGUCUACUGCGUCUAAUCACUCCACCAGCACCUCGCUCAGUGCCUCGCCAGAGCGACUGAGAAGACACUCCAGCGCACGCCGUGCACAUGAAAAAGUAAAGAUCUCGGUAUCAUACCCAUCAUCAGAGCAAAUAUGCCCCGCUCAUGAGAAUUCGCGCUCACCGAGUAGAUCCCCCAGUCCGUCCCUGUACGCGGUGCACUAUGAGAGAGACGGGAGGGAACUCACCGAGAGCCGGCUGAGAGUCCGCCCCUCUCACCACCUGGCGCCCGGACCUCUGUAUGAUGAAUUUGAUGAUAAACCAAGGACAAGGAGAAUGGGCAAAAGGAACAUUAAAGCGCAAGUGAAGAGAUUCCGUAUGGAGACGAAAGCAGCAAAGACACUCGGUAUCAUAGUGGGUGGCUUCGUGUGCUGUUGGCUGCCGUUCUUCAGCGUGUACGUGUUGCGGGCGUUCUGCGCACACUGCGUCACUCCCAUCGUAUUCUCCGUGCUGUUCUGGCUGGGAUACUGCAACUCCGCCAUCAAUCCGCUUAUUUACGCGCUCUUUUCUAAAGACUUUAGAUUCGCGUUCAAGCGUAUAAUUUGCAAGUGCUUCUGCGGCGGCGGCGGGCGGCGGGAAUCAGACGGCGAGUCCCGACGCCCGCGUCUUCCUCAGGAACACUCGCACUCGCUUGAGGACAACGACUCCAUACCACAAAGUGACGUCACCAGGUGACGCCAAGCUCUGCGACGGCAAAACGCUCAGUUCCAGUCGACCGUCGCAUGUGUCUAGUUCAAUACGUAUCAAGUGAAUUAAACGACAUAGUUGUUUAUUAUCAAUGGACGAUAUAAAAAAAUAGCAAAUUCCUCUACUUCUAAGUAAAUGUUGUGUCUAAAUGUCAAUAAAAUGUAAAAAUAGCAUAAACCAUAAUUUAUUUAUUUAUAUUUUUGUUGUAAAGGUUGAGAAAGAAUAUACUUUUCCGUAUUCUAUUGUUACAUCUAAGUUUUUAAAUACUGUUUCUGUAUUUAUAAAAAUCAAAGAUUUAUUGAUUGAUUGAUUAUUAUAGUUAAAAAGGAAGCGUUUUUCUGAAAUAUAAAUUAGUUUUAAAUGAAUGUUGUUGUUUGGAAAGACUGUAUAUACUAUGGUUUUUUAGAUUAAUAAGUCUGUAUCGGGCUUAUCACGAAAAUUUGUGGGGAAAGUAUUUGUGACGCCGUCGGCAAAAUUUGUUUUAAAAUUUGGCCUAUCCUAAAGCAAACUGAGCAAUCUGAUACUUUGCUCAAAAUGUUACGAAUGCUUUCUCGCAAAUUUUUGUCUAAUUGCCCUGUUAAGUCAUUUUUCAUAUAGAAUUCUCAUUGAAAUUCAUCUAAUAGGUGGAUUAUGAUACCAAAUAAAAGAACAUAGAAGAUAAAUUAAAUCCUAGAAGUUCUCAUCUACAAACUAUCAUUGGGAGCCUAUAUUGAUUGAAUUACUAUAACUCUUGUGGGUGUUGCCCCAUUAUUCCAGUCCCUAGUCAUCAUUAUCUCGUUCCGUCAAUUAAUUUAAAAAAAACGCUUUUUGCUUUAAUUAUUAUUUUAAAUAAUGGGAGAGUUAUUUAA